AGGAAACAGGGACGCUUCAGUACCAAGUGGCAGUUGUCGGGCCGGCAGGCGGCCUGCCUGCUCUGUUGCAAGGUUCUCUGUGCCAGGAGGUGCCACACAAAGGCAUGUUUUCUAGUCCCUCCAGCUCUGCCAGCCUUCCCUUCAGCCCAGCUCACCUUCCCCCUCCACUGGCUGCCACUCCAGCCGGGGAGCACCCUCCGAAGGUGUCGAGAAGGGCCAUGCAGGCAGCCAGGCCAGGGGAAGCCACCAUUUGCUCUGGCUGCUUCUAACCGAGGUGCUACUGAGCACGGGGUUGGGGGAGAUCCUCAUUCACAGGCAGAAAGUACAGUUUGGGAAGGAGUGUGGUGGAGCUGAGAUAGAAAGACUGGAAAAAUAUAUAGAGAAUUACCAGUAGCCCCACUGGGCUUCCCUGCCCUCCGCUCUCCAAACCUGGGAAGGUUAAGAAAACAAGAGGCAGCCAGCCCUAGGAUGCCCACCCUCCCUGGGCCACAGCUGGGAACACUCAGGGCUCCCUACAACGCAACAGCUGGGGCACAGGCCUCACGGUCACCUGACGAUGGCUGGUUAUAUCGGGCACCAGGCGUCAGGCACCCCUUGGCCUCGCUUUAAAUAGCGUGCUGGAAAGCCCGCCUGGGACCUGCUGGAAUGUGCCUCCGCCCUCUUAGGAGAACAGGCCCCUCCCAGCCCCCCACAGUCCCCACUAAGGCUCCUCUGCUCAAGGCCAAGCUGGAAAUGAUAAAACAGCAACUGAAAAGCAAAGGGGGCUUCAGCCUUUGGGGCAGAACAGCCGUGUCCAGCAGCCCCACUCCUGCAGACAGGAUGCAGUGAGCAGCCCUGGGGCCAAUCCAAGUCCCUAGAGGCCCUGGCUGUCCACGUCCGUGGCCCGCUGGAGUGGACCGACACUCUCCCCAGAGUGGGGCCCGGGUCCCCUGGGCGUGAGUCUGCAGCUUUCAGACUUCCUAACCCCUGGAGGACGGCUGACUUUAAAGGCGAAGCUUCGGAUCAACAGGCCCCGCCUUUCCGGCACAGCAGUUCAGCCCGGCCCCACCUUCCCCCUCCCUGCUCUGGAGAUCACGCCCCAACUGACCAGGGUCUCCACGCAACCUCUCACUCACAAGCGGAGGCGCGCCCCUCUGCAAUCCCUCCUGGGUCUUUGGGCGUGGGGGGCACAGGUGAAAAAGCCCCCCGCCGACCCGCUCGCCUCCGCCUUCUCUGUGAAGGAGUGUCUCUGAUGGCUACAUUAGGCAGUGCAGGCCCUGGGCCAAUCAGGCUGAAAAAGCCAGGCCAAGUAGCCGAAGAGGGGAGGGGAAAGCAGCCCAGCUCCUGAGCCCGGGGCAAGCUCCCCCUCGGCUUCGGUUGGCCCACCGGUCCCUCGGUCCCUCCUCCAGGAAUGGGAACAGCGGGCGGGCUCCCGUCCUCCUGGAAACCCGGGGAGCGAGAUGCCCGGAGGCCCCAGAACAAGGGAGGGGACCACCUUCCUGUGCACACCUGCUCCACUGGUCAGUGGGAGGAGGUCUGUUCGGUGUGACCUGAGGAGAGGGGUCUUAUGCUUGGGAAGGAGUUCACGAGCCUGAGACGGAAAGACUCGCAAGAUCUGCCUUUGGUGACAAGUCACAGGAGGUUCUCAAAGAGCAAGUGUGGCCUGGAGACCAUCUAAUCCUCCACGGAGCCAUCACCUGCCUGCUACCCCCCAUCAUCACUUAAAACAUAGCCCCCCCAUCUCCAGCCGGCCCCCCACCACUCUCCUUCACCUCAUACACCAUAAACAUCCCGGGCAUGAAGGACACAGACGGAACUCCCCAAAGGUGUUGGAGGAAGGUCACUGACAGCGAAUGUGUGGGGGUGUGACAACCCCCAAAGGCCGCCUGGCCUCUGCUGCGCUGGCCGGACCCCGCCCAGAGGGGAAUCACAUGGGCUGGGUACUCCCGGAGCCCGGCCCUGUGCUCAACCCUCCCGACAGCCUCGAGAGACGGGCACCUCAUCUUCAUGGAAAACGAGAUAAGGAACAGACUCAGAGAAACGGAGCCACUCCCGUGUCACAAAAGCAGGAAGAAGGCUGGCAGUAUUCAAACCCAGGAUGAUUUGAAUGCUAUUCUAUGGGGGGGGGGGGGCCACCUGACCCGACGAGGGCAGUUAUCCUGUGGGGAAGGAGAUGCAGGAGGAAUCCGCGCUGGCCGUCCAGGCCCUGGAGGACCGUGAGGCGGAAGGGGGCGGAAUUGGCCUGAGUGACCACAGGUGGGACUGACGAGGUCACCAGGAGAUCCCAUCUUCUAACGAUCAGAGCUGCCCAAGAAGGAAUGGGCCGGGCUGGGCCGUAGGGGGGCUCCCCACUCGAGCAAAGGCCGCAUGCCAGAGGGAGGGCAGGGAGCCAAGUGCGGCGCAGAGGACUGGAGCGGAUGACCUUCAAGGCGGCUCUAAGGACGCUACGCUGUGAUGGCGGCGCCAGGAGUGACCAGCCUCACAGACCGCAGCCACCUGGGGGCGAAUGUGCCUGGCUGAGGGACGAGGCAGAGGCUGGGGUAGGUGAGAGGGCAGAUUCUCUGGAGGCAGCUCCGUGGGGACUCCAGGUCCUCUCCCUGCUCUGCAGCUCAGGAGGAACCCCGGCAGGGACCCGGCACAACAUGGCAGCCUCCAACCUUGCGCUGGAGAUGCGCUCCAUAGGGGAGAGGCUGCUGCACAAGCUGCAGAUGCUGCCCCAGGCCGAGCCCGUGGAGAUCGUGGCCUUCUCGGUCCUUGUCAUUUUCACAGCCACCGUGCUGCUGCUGCUGCUGAUGGCCGUCGGCUACUGCUGCUGCCGGUGCUGCCGCCCUAAGCGGGGAGGCAGGAGGGCCCUGGUGGGACCCACGACCCCACCGUGAGGGCCAGGGCGGCGGCCGAGGAGGAGCCGGAGAGGAGACCGCCAAAGCCAUGACCCAGGGCAUCAGCCUGGCCCUGCAGCCCUCAACCCUCAAGACAAAGAUCCACGGGCCCAGCGCUGGCCUAGCCCAGGAACCCAGACACUGACUGAGAGCUGGAGGCUCGUCAAGGAAAUAAGGGCUGUGCCGACCACAAAACUCUCACCUGACAGUGAACACAGGGUGCCGAGGAGGACUCGACUGUUUCUAAGACAGAAAACCACCGGGGAUUCUGUGCCUACCUGCGCUUUCUAACAAAACAAAGAAGUGGGGUCCCCACACCUGGAGAACAGCCCGCACGUGUGGGGAGCUGGCUCAAGGCUCCCACGCCAAAGAGGAGCAGGCCAAUCGGACAGGGGCUUUGCGCGGCAGCUCCUGUGUCCCAAGCUCCCCCCGAGCACGGACACGUCUGUGUUCCAUUCCAGUAUUUGCCUGUUUCUUUCCCAGUAAAAGCUUUCUGGUUA